CAGCUGUUGGUAGAGACGGCUGGAGGAAGAUGGCGGGGUCCAAGGUGAAGCAGGACAUGCCUCCUCCGGGAGGCUAUUCUCCGUUUGAUUAUAAGAGAAAUCUACCGAAACGAGGACUCUCUGGAUAUAGUAUGUUUGGCAUUGGCAUUGGUGUCAUGGUGUUUGGGUACUGGAGACUUUUCAAGUGGAACAGAGAGAGGAGGCGCUUACAGAUUGAGGAGAUGGAAGCCAGGGUCGCGCUGAUGCCCCUGCUGCAGGCAGAGCAAGACCGAAGGUUCUUACGGAUGAUGAGGGAAAAUUUAGAGGAAGAGGCGAUUCUCAUGAAGGACGUUCCAGGUUGGAAGGUUGGUGAGAGCGUCUUCCAUACGGACCGCUGGGUCACCCCUCUGUCCGAGGAGCUGUUCAACCUCCGGCCCCGUGAAGAGCUUCUGCACAAGCGCUUCGGUUUUGUGUGGUACGUGUAAGCGCCACCAAGGCAAACCGUGUCCUGAGCUUCUCCACCUUCCACAGCCAGCACCACGUGGACCUGAGCCUGUGCUCAAUUCAGCUUGUAAAUGUUCAAUAUUAAAGUAUUUUUUUUUCUGUA